AUACGUUUGACCUAUUGAAUUACAUCUCUCUGGGAGGUGAAGAAUGGUGGCGGCAAUGUUGUUGAGUUUGCGCUACUCCUCUGCUUUCAUGCCAUUGGGUUAGGCAGCUAGCACGGGAGCUAAGCUAGCGUCGCGCUAGGCCUCGAGCAGAACAGUGGGAGAGCAACUGGGAUCAAACACUGCUUAUUCGGAAGGAGAAAAGUAACUCUUUAUGAAUCUGCAUGAAAAGAGUUAAAAUCCCAGAAAUAUGGUGGUUCUCAAAAUUCGAGACCAGCCUGCUUUGCUGAAAGCUAUUUUCAAUGUGGAUCCCGAUGAAGUUCGCUCCCUCAUAUUCAAAAAAGAGGAUGUGAAUGCACAGGACAACGAGAAGCGAACGCCAUUGCAUGCCGCUGCCUAUCUCGGAGACGCAGAAAUUAUAGAGUUGCUGAUUCUUUCAGGUGCCAGAGUAAAUGCCAAAGAUAACAAGUGGCUCACUCCUCUGCACCGGGCUGUGGCCUCCUGCAGUGAGGAGGCUGUCCAAGUUUUGCUGAAACACUCUGCAGAUGUUAACGCCCGAGACAAAAACUGGCAGACCCCACUUCACAUAGCCGCAGCUAACAAGGCCGUCCGCUGCGCCGAAGCCCUCGUCCCCCUGCUCAGCAAUGUAAAUGUGUCAGAUAGAGCAGGCCGAACUGCGCUGCACCAUGCAGCGUUCAGCGGGCAUCUGGAGAUGGUCAGGCUCCUGCUCUCCAGAGGAGCAAACAUUAAUGCCUUUGACAAGAAGGACCGCCGUGCAAUCCACUGGGCAGCCUACAUGGGACACAUAGAAGUGGUGAAGCUGCUGGCAUCUCAUGGAGCUGAGGUGGCCUGCAAAGAUAAGAAAUCUUACACCCCCCUUCAUGCGGCAGCCUCCAGUGGAAUGAUCAGUGUUGUCAAAUACCUUCUGGACUUGGGGGUGGAUAUGUUUGAGCCCAAUGCAUAUGGCAACACCCCCCUCCACGUGGCCUGCUACAACGGGCAGGACGUAGUGGUGAAUGAGUUGAUAGAGUGCGGCACUAACGUCAACCAGGUGAACGAGAAGGGGUUCGCACCUCUCCAUUUUACAGCCGCCUCACGCCACGGGGCGCUCUGUCUGGAGCUCCUAGUGUGCAAUGGGGCUGACGUCAACAUCAGGAGUAAAGAUGGUAAGACUCCUCUCCACAUGACAGCCAUCCAUGGGAGGUUUUCCAGGUCUCAAGCAAUCAUUGAGAAUGGUGCUGAGAUUGACUGUGAAGAUAAGAAUGGAAACACACCACUGCACAUUGCAGCUCGAUACGGACACGAGCUCCUCAUCAACACCCUCAUCACCAACAGAGCUGACACGGCUAAACGAGGGGUUCACGGUAUGUUUCCAUUGCAUCUGGCUGCUCUCAGCGGAUUCUCUGACUGCUGCCGAAAGCUCCUGUCUUCAGGCUUUGAUAUUGAUACUCCUGAUGACUUUGGAAGGACCUGUUUACAUGCUGCAGCUGCUGGAGGAAACCUGGAAUGCCUCAAUCUUCUCCUCAACACUGGGGCAGACUUUAAUAGGAAGGAUAGCUUUGGCAGGACCCCGCUACACUAUGCUGCAGCCAACUGUAACUACCAGUGCCUGUUUGCUCUGGUGGGCUCUGGGGCCAGUGUCAAUGACCUGGACGAACGUGGCUGCACCCCUCUCCACUACGCCGCUGCCUCUGACACAGAUGGAAAGUGCCUGGAAUAUUUACUGCGGAAUGAUGCAAAUCCAGGGAUACGGGACAAUCAGGGCUACAACGCUGUGCACUACGCCUCGGCGUAUGGACAUCGCCUCUGUCUGGAGCUGAUCGCAGGUGAAACACCUUUAGAUGUGCUAAUGGAAACCUCAGGGACAGACAUCCUGAACGACUCGGAUGUCAGAGCCCCCGUCAGCCCCCUGCAUCUAGCUGCAUACCAUGGUCACCACCAAGCUAUGGAGGUUCUAGUGCAGUCCCUGCUGGACCUUGAUGUGAGAAACGGCCAAGGACGCACACCCCUAGACCUGGCUGCCUUUAAAGGCCAUGUGGAGUGUGUGGAUGUCCUAAUCAAUCAGGGAGCCUCCAUCCUGGUCAAAGACUUCACCUUGAAGCGAACCCCGAUCCACGCUGCCGCCACCAACGGUCAUUCAGAAUGUUUGCGUUUGCUAAUUGGAAAUGCUGAUCUUCAAAGUGCAGUAGACAUUCAAGAUGGGAAUGGACAAACCCCUCUGAUGCUGUCGGUCCUGAGCGGGCACACAGAUUGUGUAUAUUCUUUGUUAAAUAAAGGAGCCAGCGUAGAAGCCAAAGACAAGUGGGGCAGGACAGCCCUGCAUAGAGGAGCAGUUACUGGCCAUGAGGAAUGUGUGGAGGCCUUGCUUCAGCACAGCGCCAGCUUCCUGAUGCAAGACUGUAAAGGGCGCACACCUGUCCACCUGGCAGCAGCAUGUGGACACAUUGGGGUACUGGGAGGCCUGCUCCAUGCUACCCAGUCAGUGGAAACACUCCCUGCCUUAACAGACAACCAAGGCUACACCCCACUGCACUGGGCCUGCUACAAUGGGCACGAUACAUGUGUGGAGGUUUUGCUGGAACAAGAGGUUUUUCACAAGGCUGAAGGCAAUACUUUCAGCCCCCUCCACUGUGCUGUAAUCCGUGACAAUGAAGGUGCUGCUGAGAUGCUGAUAGACACUCUGGGCCCUGGCAUUGUCAAUGCCAAAGACAGUAAAAAUAGGACGCCCCUGCAUGCAGCCGCCUUCACUGACCACGUGGAGUGUCUCCAGCUGCUGCUGAGCCAUAACGCUCAGGUCAACUGUGUCGACACCGCAGGGAAGACCCCACUCAUGAUGGCUGCUGAGAAUGGCCAGACUAACGCUGUCGAGCUACUGGUGAGCAGUGCGAAAGCUGACCUCACUCUGCAGGAUGCUCUGAAGAACACCGCACUUCAUCUGGCCUGCAGUAAGGGACAUGAAACCAGUGCCUUGUUGAUAUUGGAGAAGAUCACAGACAGAAACCUCAUAAACGCCACUAACACCGCCUUACAGACGCCUCUACACGUGGCAGCAAGAAACGGUCUGACUGUAGUGGUGCAGGAACUGCUUGCAAAGGGAGCCAGUGUGCUCGCAGUCGAUGAAAACGGUUACACACCUGCCUUGGCUUGUGCCCCCAACAAAGAUGUGGCAGACUGCCUAGCUCUCAUCCUGGCCACCAUGAUGCCUGUGUCCCCCUGCACAUCGGUACCCACGCUUCCUUUCAGUGCCAUUAACCACUACACCACCAGCCCCUCCAAGAGCGUCACCUUCGACAGCCUGCCCAUGCUGCGCAGCGAGCACAGCUCCUACUGCAGCUUCAACAACAUCAGCCAUCAUGACGGCUUCUUCAAGGACGAGGAGCUCAACGACUCGGAUUCCGAGACGUACUGAGGGACAGGAGGAAGCGAUAAAUGCAUAAACACACGCACACUGUCUUAAAAAUCACCCAUCGCCAGCUUGGGAAGGCAGAAGAAGUGAUAAGCUGCCACAGGAGCCUUAAGAGUCCCCGCCCCCACCAGAGAGCAAGAGAGGGAGGAGGUGCAACAGGUUGGCCCGCACUCAUCGUGACCUCGUCCA